GACGACCUGCUGCUGGUGGCGGCCGCGGCGGCGGCGGACCCGGCCUCGGCCCCGGCCCCGGCCCCGGCCCCGGCCCCGUCGGCCGCCGGGUUCUGCGCGGCGGCGGGCGCGCUGUGGAUCUACCCCACGAACCUGCCGGUGCGCGGCUACCAGCUGCGCAUGGCCCACGCCGCGCUGCUGGCCAACACGCUGCUCUGCCUGCCCACCGGGCUCGGCAAGACCUUCGUGGCCGCCGUCGUCAUGUACAACUUCUACCGCUGGUUCCCCUCGGGCAAGGUGCUCUUCCUCGCCCCCACCAAGCCGCUGGUGGCCCAGCAGAUGGAGGCCUGCGCCCGCCUCAUGGGCAUCCCGGCCCGGCACAUGGCCGAGAUGACGGGGGGAACCCAGGCCCUCAGCCGGCGGGACCUGUGGGCCACCAAGAGGGUCUUCUUCCUCACGCCUCAGGUAAUGGUGAACGACCUCUCCCGCGGGAGCUGCCCUUCUGGCGACAUCAAGUGUCUGGUCAUCGACGAAGCCCAUAAAGCGCUUGGGAAUCACGCCUACUGCCAGGUUGUAAAGGAACUAAGCAAAUACACGAAUCAGUUUCGGAUCCUGGCCCUCAGUGCUACACCAGGCAGUGACACAAAGGCUGUGCAGCAGGUUAUCUCCAACUUGCUCAUUGCUCAGAUAGAGCUGUGUACUGAAGAUUCCCCGGAAAUUCAGCCUUAUUCUCAUGAGCGUCAGGUGGAAAAAAUCGUUGUUCCCCUUGGUGAAGAACUGACAGAAGUUCAGAAUGCCUACAUCCAGGUGCUAGAAACAUUUGCUGGACGCCUGAUCAAGAUGGGAGUUUUAGCAAGGCGGGAUAUUCCCACCCUCACAAAGUACCAGAUAAUUCUAGCAAGAGAACAAUACAGAAAAAACCCUUCCUCACAAAACAUGGGGAUACAACAAGGCAUAAUUGAAGGAGAUUUUGCACUUUGUAUCAGUUUGUAUCAUGGUUAUGAGCUGCUGCUGCAAAUGGGAUUGCGGUCAUUGUUUAUCUACCUUUGUGGGAUUAUGGAUGGAACAAAAGGGUUUACUCGUACGAAGAAUGAACUUGGUCGUAAUGAGGACUUCAUGAAGCUGUACCAGCAGCUUCGAGACAUGUUUUCAGACACGCAUCAGACUUCAGCAAAUGGAAAUCUUUGCAAGAGUAGAACAGUGUUGGAAAAUAAAAAGGAAUUUAUUUACAGUCAUCCAAAAUUAAGGAAAUUGGAGGAAAUAGUAGUAGAACACUUCAAAUCCUGGAAGAUGAAAUGUUCUGAUCAAACCACGACUGAAAGUACAUCUGUGAACAGUGCGGAUACCAGAGUGAUGAUCUUCUCAUCAUUUCGGGAUAGUGUGCAAGAAAUUGCAGAAAUGCUUUCCCGCUUCAACCCAGUGGUUAGAGUAAUGACGUUUGUUGGCCACUCCACGGGAAAGAGCACAAAAGGCUUCACACAAAAGGAACAGCUUGAGGUGGUAAAACGCUUUCGGGAAGGUGGGUAUAACACUCUCGUCUCUACGUGUGUUGGAGAAGAAGGCUUAGACAUCGGUGAAGUUGACCUCAUCAUCUGCUUUGAUGCUCAGAAAAGCCCAAUUCGCCUUGUGCAGAGAAUGGGCAGAACGGGGCGCAGGCGGCGAGGCAGGAUUGUUGUUAUCCUCGCCGAAGGGCGGGAGGAGCGGACUUACAAUCAAAGCCAGUGUAACAAAAGGAGCAUCCAGAAAGCUAUUUCAGGAAACAAACUGCUUCAUUUUUACCAGCACAGCCCACGUAUGAUUCCAGAAGGCAUAAAUCCAGAGUUGCAUAAAAUGUUUAUUACUGCUGAAAAAUACGAACCAAACAAUUCAGGAAUGCUUUCCAAAGGGAGAAGAUCUACUUCCCUCCAAAAUAAAUCUGCUCUCUUUUCCUGUGUCACUGGCCCAAAGCAAAUGCACUGUCAUGAGAAUUGGUCUUUGUCAGCUGAGGAAUUUGAAGUGUGGGACAGACUUUACAGGCUUAAAGAAAGCGAUGGAGCAAAGGAACCGAUACUGCCUCAAAUUCAGUUUGAAACCUUAGAAAACCUGGAAGAAACAUCAAAGCCUGAAGAGGAGGGAACUCAUAAACUUUCCUUAUCUGAGUGGAGAAUUUGGCAGAAUCGUCCUUUUCCUACAAGUAUGGUUGACCACUCGGAUCGUUGUUACCAUUUUAUUAGUGUUAUGGAAAUGAUAGAACGGAUGAGACAUGAACAGGGAGAUUGCAGCUAUGAGCUGGAGCUUCAGCCUCACUUACGUAUCGAAGAUGUUAAUGUUCAAAGGAAUAAAAGUCUUCUUUCCAUGACCAACUCCACAUUUGAUCAGAAAGCACAUGCAGCCAGAAAAGACACGGCACACAGAUCAAAAGUAAAACCAUUUCUACCUGAUGUAAAGGAUAACGAGAGUGAAUUAUUUUCCAUAUUUAAAAUAACCACAAAGACUCCCAAAAGAACUUCUGGGCUGAAUUGGGAAGUGCCUGUGUUGUCUACAGAUUUAAAUGCUUCAGAGCCUUACUUGGCAAGGAGGCUCACUCAGGCUGAGUACAGUGACCAGGACAAUCAAAAGGAUGAGGAAAUAGAGAAGGUGACAUUUGACUUAAAUGAAUGUAUUGACUUAAGUGACAACAGUGAAAGUACCACAAUUCAUGAAAGUGCAGCAAUAAAGGAGUAUGAAACUGUAGCUGAAGCCUGUUGUUCACCGGGGAGGAACCAUGCGGAUUUGGGCUGUAGUAGCUUCACAGCUGAGAAAUCACCUGUGUCCUCUGACUUAUUUUAUCUUCCUGAAUCAUACUUGGAUUUGUUUGUGCCUGUGAGGUCAUCUGAAGAGACUUCUUGGUUGGAAGGAGUAUUUUCCUGUGUGGAAAGGCUUUUAUCACAGUCUCCUCCCCCUUUGAAUAAACUUUAUGAUUUUGAAAAAAUGGUGGGAAGUGAAGAAACAAUACGCCCUUUUCAAAAAGCUAUUUCCAACAGUUAUUCAGAGAGGCUGCAGGACAAAGACUUUCCUGCUUCUCCUGGAGUUGAUCAUUCACUCCUGCCCUCUGAAAAUCCUGAACUGAAAGCCACCAGUGACUUGUGUGCUUCUGUAAAUGCCUGUUUUUCAAAAACUGUAUCAUCUUUGCAGACUGCUGCUGACAAAGUGGAGGGGCUUCACUGGAGUGACAGCUUUGAUAGCCUGUUUGACAGUGAAGAAUUGACAGAAAUUGAAAAGAAAACUCUAACAAUAAAUUACACUCUGGCAAAUAACUCUUCAAGUAAAUGUUUGGUUCAAGAUGAUAAAGAAUGCCUUGAAACAAACAAGAGAAGUGUGAUUAUUGAUGAAGAGAAGAGUAUAUGUUUAUUUGAAGAGGAACACAUUUAUGAAACUAAUACUGAAAUUUUGUCUGUGAAUAAUGAGCCUUCUGUCGUGUCAGAUUCAGGUGGGAAUGUUACCACGUCGGCUGCAGUGCGAGGCUCUGAGCGGUUUCCCUCAUGGGAGUGCUGUAUGAAUGGAGACAAAACCUGCAAGGAACAGCAGGUAAGCACUAAAAUGACAACCAUGGAAACAGUGGGUGAUGACAGAGUGACUGAGCAGAGUCUGGAUGAUAACGAUCUUUAUGACUCUUCUCAAGAACUGUUUUCUGUUAACUUUGAUCUGGGAUUUUCCAUUGAAGAGUGUGAGAAUGAAAUCUUGGAAGAUGAAAUGGAUAUGAACGAUUCCCCAGAAUUAAAUGGUGCCUCACAGAGUCACACAGAUGUCACUGAAGAUAAAGAAAAAAUACUAAAUGAUAGCUGCAGCUUUCAAACAUUGCCAAAAUGGGAUUGCAAAAGCCUUGAGAGAAGAAACAUUUCCACACCACUGCCAUUCCAGAGUAAUGUGAGUCAUGCAGAAGUGCCUGGGGAUGCAACCCCUGCAGGACCUGUCUCAAAGUCAGGGAACAGAAUGAGAAGUGGAUCACCUGAAGCCUUGGAUUCUUCCCUUUCUACCCCAUAUAGAAGGGUUAGGAAUAUUGAAGCUAUCAGAAGAAUUCCUAUGAAUGUUUUCUCUAGUGUCAUGGAGGAAAUUCCAGGUGUUCAUCCUACAGAUAAAGUAGAUACAAGCUCACAUGAACAGAACUUUGAGAGUUCAGCCUUGGAUGCACUUGAUUCCCCUUUAGGAAGACCUGCAAACCUGGAAGAUAGCCGUAUUCGUACUUCACCUGUGUGUGUCCCUGAAGGAACCAGCAGUGAAAGUGAAGAAGAGAUCGUUUUCCAGAGGAAAAACAGAAAAAAAUAUGUUUUGAAGUCUCCUGAUGUUAUGAACGAUAGUGAUUUUGAAUCACCGAUUCAUGCCAUCAGAAAACGCCGACACCCGCUUAACAUGUCAGACAUGUCCAGUGACGACAGCUUGGAUUUUCACAAGAACUCAAGUAGGACCACAAACAGCAGCUCAGCAGCACAUAACAAGAAACAGCGAAGUGCAAAACGUCAAAAGGUCAAGAGGGAUUUUACAUGCAAGAAUGCAGCAAAGCAGUUUUUAGAUGAAGAAGCUGAGCUGUCCCAGGAAGAUGCAGGUUGUGUUUCAUCUGAUGAGAGUGAAGAUACAGAGAACGAGCUGAGCUCUUCGCUCCAUCAGUUCCUGAAUGACGAUGCAGAGGUCACACAGGUGUUAAACGACUCUGAGAUGAGAGGAGUUUACUUGAAAUCUGUGCAUAGUCCAGCUCAUGGGAAUAGAUUCAAAAUGGUUCAUCGUGACUUCAACAGCAUGGCAAUCUUCUCACAGAUUCCUGAGCAAGAUGAGACUUACGCAGAAGACAGUUUCUGUGUUGGAGAGGAGGAAGAGGAAACUUGCAGAAAAGGUGAAUCGAGCGGGGAGGAAGUGUGCGUUAAUUUUGAUCUCCUAAACAAUGAGAGUUUUACUAGUGGAAGACAACAAUACCUCACUCGCCGCAGAAAAAAAUUAAACCUGGCCAAAAAGGAACAGAACUGCUCUGUCCCUGGGCAAAAGAGGAAGCCAUCCCGGAUUAUUGUUCUCAGUGAUUCCAGCGGGGAAGAAACAAGUGUCAGUAAUGAAAAGCCCAUGCAAAUGGAUUGUUUCAGGACAGAACAGGAAAAUGCUAAGUUACGCAAGUCAUUGCCUUCAGCCUCUUCUGUGCAGCAUAAAAAUGUCACCGGGGAAAAUAGUGGUCAUCAGUCUGUGGAGAAAAAGAGUGAGAUACUGCUGGGCUUGAAGGCUUCAGUGUCUGAAAUGCUGGAUUUUCAGCCAGGAUGGGAAGUCAGGACCAGGCGCCCCUCACCAGCUGCUGCCAGUUCUGAUUCAGGGAAGGAGGAUCUCCAGGCUCCCGCUGAGCACUUGCAGGCGGAGAAUUCUUUGAAGAAUAGCUGCAGGAACACGUCAGCUGCAUCCUGCUCUGCUUCCACAAAACCCUCCUCAGCCACGGGUCUGUUUCCACACGACACCGUGGAGAAGAAACCUUCACUGUGCAUUCUGGUAGACAGCCGUGAGAUCUCCUCGGGAGCAGAUGUCAUUUCUUCCUUGAAGGCAGUUCACGGGGUGAAGGUGCAGGUUUGCCCCCUGAGCAGCAGCGAUUACAUCGUGAGCAACCGCAUGGCGGUGGAAAGGAAAUUUCAGUCAGAAUUGCUGAGCUCUGCCAACAGGAGUAAAGUCACCCAGCGGAUCCAGCGCCUGCAGAGCAUGUUUGAGAGGAUAUGUGUGGUUGUGGAGAAGGACAGGAUUAAGGCAGGAGAAACAUCGAGGUUUUUCCAGAGGACGCAGUACUAUGAUGGCGUGCUCUCAGCCCUGCUCCAGGCUGGGGUCCGAAUUCUUUUUAGCUCUUGCCAGGAGGAAACUGCCAGUCUGCUGAAAGACCUGGCUUUGGUGGAGCAACGAAAAAAUGCCGCUAUCAGCGUCCCAGUGGAAGUGGAGGGUCGCAGACAGGAGCUGCUCAACUUCUACUUGAGCAUUCCCAACAUCAGCUAUGUGGCUGCUCUCAACAUGUGCCACCACUUUGGCUCUGUGAAGAAGAUGAUCAACAGCUCCCCGCUGGACAUCGCCACCGGCGCCCAGGUCAGCCGGCAGAAGGCAGAGGAGAUCUUCCGCUACCUGCACCACGCGUUUGACGUGCAGAUGCUGCCCGAGAACCUCUGCGCCAGGGGGAAAAGCCACGCGCCUGCCAGGAGCUGAGGAGUGAGGAACGGUUUCUGGGAGCCUCAGGCUGUUUUAUUUCAAUUGCACUUUACUGAGUUUUGAGUCACUGUAAAUAUGUAAAUAAAGCCUCACAGACGUGUCGGGCUUUUGGCACACUAGG